AGAGAGGUGUUCUCUGUGAGAAUGGCGAGCGAGUUUGGAUUUACGGAGGAAGACGUGGUGAUCGAGGAGGGAUUGGGUUAUCCGAGAGCCUACGCGAAGAUCUGUCGGGACUACGAUCUCUGUCCGUACAACAAUGGCCCUCCCUUCACGUUCACCCCGUACAUUCUUCAGCAGAACGAGAGUUUGAGAUCCAAGGAACUAAGUGAAAUGUUCCCGGUAAUCGAUCCAAAGGCGAGGCGUACGGCCAAGCCGAAGAUCUAUCUCAGCCUCCUGUGGAAGCAACUCAAUCAUCUAGGUAAUGCCGGGUUCGAUCCAGCCGUUAUCCGGGUUGAUCCAUGCGGGAAUGUUCUCUACUUCCAUGCGGAUUCAGCUUCUCCUCUCGCUUGGGAUUUUGAUCACUGGUUCCCUUGUUCAAGAGGAGGGUUAACUGUCCCGAGCAACCUUAGGAUACUACAAUGGCAGGCUUGUAAGAACAAGCGUGACAAGCUCGAGUUCCUGGUUCCGUGGUGGGACCUUCAAGUGGGCAUCUCGGUGAAUCAGUUUUUGUCGAUCUUUGCAGCUUCGAAUUCCGAUUUCAGGAGGAGAGCGUUUUCCUUCUUGUUCAAGGAAGGUGAGAGCGAGGAACUCAACGGGUCACAAACCGUGGAAUCUCAUCAUUUCCCGCAACAUUUCGUUGAAUCGAAAGAGAAGCUUGGCCUAGCCGCGGCUGCAGUCGUUGUUUCUCGAAGAGAAUCUUAUGACCCUUCGAUGGUUUUGAGGUCACUCGAUUACAAUCGCCAAACGACAGGAAAUCAGAUGAAACUCAGUGCAAGGAAACAGAAAGAGAAUCCAGAUUUUCUGAAAAAUCCGUAUCAUGCCAUUGUUGCUGCAAGGGAUUCGCUGAAACAACGAGAGGAAGCUCACAAUAUGAGGGCGGAGAUAAAGAAAGUAGAUGACGAGCUGAAUGAGAUGACGGUAAAGAACAACGAAGAGCGUAUGACGAUUCAGGAGUUGGAGAGAGAACUUAUUAAGCGAAGGAGACGGGCUGAAAAGUGCAGGAGGUUGGCAGAAUCACAGUGUUCGUACCGGAUUAUGCUCGAGAAAAUGAUCCGUGAUGCGAUGCACCAGAGUGUAGUGUACAAGGAGCAAGUGAGGCUGAACCAGGCGGCGACUGGUGCCUUAAUGGCGAGACUAGAGGCGCAAAAGGCGAUUUGUGAUGCCUCAGAGAAAGAACUUCACAAGAAAUUCAAAGAAAGAGAGGAGCUUGAGAAACGGGUCAGGCCCGAGUUGGAGCAAGCGAGGAAAAGGUCGAGGAUACUGCAGUACGAGGACUUGUUAUUAGAUGAUAGAGACCGAAAGAUGGCUCUGUAUCUUCCUGCAACAAUGGCGGAAACUCCACACAGGGAGUUGAGAGCUUUUCUUGAAGAAGAAAACAAAGCCUCCGAGGCAGAAGCUGGUUCUUCAUCCAUGGCCAAGGAAAUUGAGGAGGAACAGACAGGUUCUGAAGAACAGAAGACAAAGACCGAGGUUUCUGAGAGAUCCCUAGUUGUGUUAGAAGAUAACCCGAAGAAGGUAGGAGGGAUACAAGAAGAGAUGAGAAGGAGCUUUAGAGAAUUCUGUGUUGAAAAAGAAGCAGAGAAGGAGGAAGAGGAAGAUGAAGAAAGCAGGAAAGAACGAGGGAGAGGAAACGUAGAGAAAUGGCUACAGAUUUUGCUGGAAAACAACAAACAGGAUGAUUCAGAUGAUCCUCCUCCUCCUCAAGAAUCGAACGAGAAAGAAAACGGGAAGAGAAUGGACGAAAUCAUCGAGAAGCUUGACCUGAAGUUCCCUCUGGAACGAAAACCCGAGACACCAGCAAAGAAAAAGGAAGCAAGAACUGAAAGUGCAGGCCGAGGCAGAACGAGUUUCGACUCCAAGAAAACCCCGGAGAAGAAGGCGAAAGAGAAAGCGGUGAAGAGAUCGGAAAGCGCAAGAGCGUUCAGGAGGAUUCCGUCCUCUCCAUCGUUGAUCUUCGGGACGAAGAAAGGCGUCGAUAGUAUCAGGAAGAAGCCGGUUGUGGUUGCAGGGGACGACGACGAGAACGAGUAUCUCGUCAAGAACAACUUCAUCAGGUCAUCCAUCAACACAAUCAAGCGAGCUGUGAAAUUUUAGCUGCUUUUUUUAUAUUAUAAGAUCUGUUUUAGUGUGAUGAUCAUUUUCCAGUGAUUCAGUUUGCAGUUUAUAUAUAUAUAUAUAUAUAUCGUUUUUUUGUAUAAACGAACAUUCCAUUGUUGUUUUUCAUGUGUAAUAAUAACAGCUUGUUGUGUUUCCAAAUCAAAA